AUGGAUCUGUGCCGUCUCAUCGGGUCCGGUGCCCCCAUGAGACUAAUUCAUCUGAACUUGUUUGAAAGUCGGUCCCGGUGUUCUUCGCCCAGCGCGUCAUCCUCUCGAUGUCCGGCGUGUCUUCAGGUGACCGCGGCGCGCGGCCCUCCGCACCCACAGGAGCAGCCGGGCCGGACCGUGGUCCUGGACGCCUCCAGCGACUCCUACCUCCUCUUUGAGGACCGGAGGUUCGUGGUCAAGGCCUUCAGGCUGUUCCACCGCAUCCCCUCCUUCGGGUUUUGCAUUAAGGAGCACGAUCGACCCGGGAGACUGAAGACUGAGCUCCUGAAGGAACUAGGCCUGAAACCGGGUCCGCUUUAUGCGCAGCUGAAAGCCGGCAAGCCAGUAACGCUGGCCAGCGGCCGCGUGGUUCUGUCCAGCGAGGUGCUGGAAGAGGCCAUUCCGGGUCGUAAAGUCUGCGUCUUCGGCGACUGCAGCUCGGCCGUGGGCGACGGCGCGCUGAGGCUGUGCGGCGGGGCGGACGUCCUGGUCCACGAGGCCACGCUCGGGGACGAGCACCGAGCCAAAGCGGAGGACCGCGGACACAGUACGCCCGGGAUGGCGGCCGCGGUGGCCCGGGCCUGCCGCGCGCGGAGGCUGGUGCUGACCCACUUCAGCCAGAGGUACAAACCCGGCCCCUCGCACCAGGACGGGGACGAGGACGACGUGGCGGAGCUCAAGCGGCAGGCGGAGCGCGCGCUGCAGGACAGCGGCGUGGAAGUGACCUUGGCCGAGGACUUUCUCACUCUGCCCGUUCCGCUCAGACGACCACACCAGUGAAUUGUGUUUGUGUCGACGGUCUCGGUUCACACGCGGUGCCAUGAGACUGGCGCUGGUCAAAGUCCACGAGUCUGAGCACUUUUAGGACUCGUGCUCACUCUCGACGGCGGUGACGAUGCCUGAUCUGUUUCAGCCUCAGCACCGUCGCUCCGACAAUUAGGACGUUUGAACAUCUGUCGGAUUCCAUGAUGCCUGACCAUUAUACUGACUGUUAUACAACAAUGCAUUGAUUAGUAAUUAUCCAAAUGGGUCUCCAUUGACCCCCCCCAAAAAAAAGACCACAUUUUAAUCUAAUUUAUUCAGUAGAAAGUCUC